AAUUUUCAGUUUAUUAUUUUGAGCGGAAAAUGGAAAACAAAUCAGUAGAUUUGGAAGAUACUCGAAAUCGUCUUUCUACACUGAAAUAUUCCCAGUUAAGAAAAGCCGCAAAACGUUACUCAGUGAAUGCUAAUCAGAAGAAAGAAGUGCUGAUAAUGGAAUUGUCUAAAGUUUGGAAACAUCGUGGAUGCAAUAAAGAAAAUAUUACUCCAAAAAAAGUUGCUGAAUCUAAGACGGUCCUGUCGUGUUCGCCUAAAAGUUCAUCAAAUGAUACACUCAAUCAGACUUUUAUUGUUGAACGAACUAGUGGUAGCGAUAUGGAACAGUACACCGAGAAUUUAAUUGUAGCAAGUGAAGGUUCAGUUGAGAAAAAAAACAUCCUUCAAUGUAGCCAAGAAGCCAAUUUCGUAUCAGUAAAUGGUCCCAGUUCCAGUCGAAAGAUGGAACAAGAUAUAAGCACUCCUUGCAAGGGUAGAUCUACUGCUCGUGGUGCACAUGCUGCACGAUUUGCCGCACUCCAUCAGAAAUUGACUGAAAAACAACCAACUCUGCAAGAAGCAGAUGCAAAUGUGAAGCGGAUGUUUGCAGAACAUGAAAAGGCGGUCCCUGAUAUUUUCAAGAGAUUAGCUACACCGAAAGUUUCGAAGAUAACAAAGCCUGGAACUGGAGUUGGAGUUGCAUUGAAGGCCAUCGGGUAUAAGUUCAGGAAUGUUGAUGAAGAUCCAUCAAAGAUGAAUUUUUCAUUUUCAAAAUUGUACGGUACAAAAAAUGCUUUCACAACGGAGCAGAACUACGCUGAUGUUGCACCACGGUCCAGAAUACCACUACCAUGUAAACAAAAGCCACUGAAGGUUGGUGUGAAAGAGCUGACGAGAAGACUCAAUACUAAACAAGUUCGACAAUCUCCAAGGCUUACCAAGUUGACUAAACAUAUUAAUUCUGUAACCGUACCGCAGCUAAGCGCACGUUUGCAGAGACUGGCUACUCCGAAAGGAAAGAAUUCUGAUGUGUCACUAACGGAAAGUGAAAAGAAAACGCUUCGUAGAUGUGGGCGUCGGUAUGUACCCUAUCGUCGUAUGAUACCUUAUGUGGAUACCACAAAAAUGACUGACAGCCAAUUUCAUGAAGCAAAAAUGCUUGGCCAAAUACAGACUUUCACAGCUGUUUCCGCCUCAAGAACUGAAAUACGUCAGCAACUUCACUUGAAACGCGACGAGGCUCGUGAACGGAUAUUGAAAGUGAAACGUGGCUGUUGAAGAAAGCAUUAUUUAAGCAUCAAUUCUAACAUGCAACGCUGUUGCUAUAAUUGAGUUACCUAAGCCUUUCUAUUUAUCACUUUGAAAUGUUAGCUAGUUUGAACUUCCUGGUUGCUUUCUAAAAACUUUUGCAUAUAUUUGGCUUCUGCUAAACCAGUACAUAUAUGAAUUGUUGCUUCGUGGUGAAUUUUUUUAUUAAUUACUCUGCAUUUUUCCUUAUAUAUCCCUUAUAUGUUUUUGCAUAUGUACAAGCUCUGUGCGC